AUGAACGAUCCACCAAAAGAAUUAGACUUGGUUUUAAUUGGUAAAACUGGAAAUGGCAAGAGUGCAACUGGUAAUUCUGUUCUCAACAAAGAAAAUGCUUUUACGGAAGGCUGCGAUUUUAGUUCGAAAACAAGAUUUCCUGAGUACGACGCUUGCGAUUUUUUAAAUUACAGAAUACAAGUUGUUGAUUGUCCUGGUGUUUUUGAUACAGAAUUAAGUAAAGAAAAUGGGGUUAUGAUGGUUCAUGCAGCACUACAAACUGCUGUGAUAGCUAAUCCGAAAGGUUAUCACGCUUUUCUUGUAGUUGUGAAAUACGGAAAUCGUUUUUUAGAGGAAGAUAAAACAACAAUCAUGAUUCUGAAAAAUAUAUUAGGAAGUGAUUUUUUAAAGAACUACGGAGUACUUGUCUUAACGAACGGAGACUCUUUAAGUCUUCAGACGAAAAAAACAGGACUAAGCUUGAAUGAUUUUUGUAAUCAGCAGACUGGGUAUUUUAAAACUUUACUAGAAGAAUGCCAAGGAAGAGCUGUUGUUUUCAAUAAUGUUACUACAGAUGAUGAAACGAAAAACGAUCAAAGAAAAAAGUUGAUUGAAAUUGUUGAAAGUUUAAAUACUAAUGGCAGAAGGUACACAAAUGGGAAUUUCCUAAAAGCUCAACAACUCUACAAGCAGAUACUUGAUGAAAAUCAAGGAGUCAUGAACAAAGAUUUUAUAAAUAAACAAAGUUGUAUUUUAGAUCAAAUUUGUAAAAAAGAGUCUAAGCAUGAUAAAAGUGGGGCUGUCGACAUGAAAAACCUUUUAAAGGAAAUUAUAGAGUUAGAAUCUCAUCUGGCAAAAACUGACAAGAAAUCAGUAAAAAGUUUGUUAACUAAUCUUGAACAGGCACAAUACAUAGUCGAGAAGAAAAUAAAAGAACUAGAAAAUCCAUUACCUAUUAUGGGACAAGAAAUAACAAAGAAAUCAAAGGAAUCUUCCCAAGCGAGCGAAAUAUCGCGUAUUUUAAUUAAUUUCCAAGAGAUUAAGAAAAACCAUGACAAAGGAUUUUUUUCUUCUUUAGAAAUUUUCGUUCAGCAGCCAGGACAUCAAAUUUUCGAAAUUUGCAUUAAUCAAAACGUGUCGAAAUCUUAA